AUGCGAAAACUCUCGUUUCCACCGCUGCGGCCCGAAGCGUAUCACGGGUCCCUGCUACCCGCCUUGUCACUGCUGCCGCUAGAGAGUACCGCGACGCUGACGAUCAUUCCGCCGCCCCCGCCGAUGCGAGGGAGUUUUAUUGAUCGUAAGCCCGUCUGUUCCUCGUUCAACGAGAAGCAUACCGCCAAGUUCUUCCGCCACCGUAUUGUUGCCAGCGCCGACAUCUCGCAGCGGCCGCUGCGGUUUCAUUCUAGCAGCACCACGGAGCCUGCCGAAGAAGAGGCGGCGGAGGGGUGGCAGGUGGAAGCCGCCGCCGGCUACGGCGAGCAGUUGGAGGAACUCAGCGCGCGUUGGGCGGCGAAGUUUUACGGUCGUGUGACGUUUGGUCCGCGUAACUACCCGUACCCCUCCUCGCGUUGGCUGGCGCGGCGAUUCAGAAUGAAAAAGCACCGAAUUAUCAAACGCUUCCGCUUCCGGCGGUACAAGUUAGCGGCCGUUGCGAACCUGCCCUUUGCGAAGAUGAUCCGUGUUGGGCUGCUUCCGGAGCUUAAGAGCAGCAAGACGAAGAAGGGCGACGCGGUGGAGGCGGACCUUAGCGGGCAACUUAUCAGCGCGGUGCGAGGGUCCGGGGGGAAGCAGAAGGGACGCCGUGGAAGACCCAAGUCCAAAUACCAGGUUUAA